AUGCCUCUCAUCAAUGAAUCCCAUGACUCUCUCCCAUAUAUCGAUGCUGAACCUUCCGCCCAAGCUCGAGCUAAUGCGGAGAAACUCAUAGCCUCAGAGCUGACCGCAGACUAUUCGUCGGCAAUCCAUCCUUCCAUCCCCGCUUUCCCCAACCCCCAGUUUUCCCCCCUCAUCCAGCAGGAGGUCGAGCGCAAGGCCGCAGGAUUACCUUUGACAGGUGGCAUUGACCUUUCCCGAUAUGAGGCUCCUGAACCACCAACCCGAUCGUCCGAGGGGGGACCAAACGCGGCACCAAAUCUCGAGGAGUGGCGCCAAGCCUUGCAGAAGGCCUACACAGCCAGCUCUCACUUGUCCAUGAGGCGGGAUAAUCUGACGCUUCUGGAAGAGAAUGGCAAAAACGCUUGGCUGAUUGGUAACUCUCAGUUGGAGGAUAUCUUACGAGGACUUGAGAAGGAAUUGGCCGAAACCAAAGAAGCUGCGGAGACGGUGAACAGGCAAAGAAAGAUCGCUCAAGAGUCGAGCAAAGGAGAGCUUGCGGGGUUGGAGGAGACCUGGAAGAGAGGUGUGGGUGCCAUCCUCGACGUUGAGUUGGCUUCGGAAAAUCUACGGAUGCAAAUUUUAGAACAGCGACGUCAGCUUGCGCAGCAGCACGCUCGGUAG